AUGACACUGGCAGACUAAAGCGCUCUGAUGGGGAAGGGCUUAAAGGCUGAGUCAAAAGCCAAGAAGUCUCUUUAUUUACGCCUACCUCCCAGCCCUUGGCAAUCUGACUAAUAACAAACUGAGCUAACAAGAAAGACUAGAAAAGGAGGAAGGAGAACAUUGCUGCAGCUUGGAUCUACAACCUAAGAAAUCAAGAGUGAUCAAUUGCAGCUCUGUUAAACAUCUUUUUUAUUUACUGCAUUCAGCAGCUUGCAAAUGGUUAACUAUAUGCAAAAAAGUCAGCAUAGCUGUGAAGUAUGCCGUGAAUUUUAAUUGGGGGAAAAAAGGACAAUUGCUUCAGGAUGCUCUAGUAUGCACUCUGUUUGAAAUAUUUUCGAUGAAAUGCUCAGCAUUCUGUCUUUGACCAGAGGUUUAACUUUAUGAAGCUACGAGAGACUUGCCAAAAAGUGAUAUUUGAGAAGAAAGUACGCGGUGGCUGGUGUUUUCUUUUUUAAGAAAGGAACUGAAUUACUUUGAACACCUCUUCCAGCUGUGCAUUACAGAUAACGUCAGGAAGAGUCUCUGCUUUACAGAAUCAGAUUUCAUCACAUGACAACAUGAAGCUGUGGAUUCAUCUCUUAUAUGCAUCUCUCCUUGCCUGUAUAUCUUUACAGUCCCAAAUGUCAAUGCCCUCAGCCAGAGGCUCUUGUGAUUCUCUUUGCAAUUGUGAGGAAAAAGAUGGCACAAUGCUAAUAAAUUGUGAAGAAAAAGGUAUCAAGAAGUUAUCCCAAAUAAUUGUGCCACCAUCACGACCUUUCCACCUAAGCUUAUUAAAUAAUGGCUUGACAAUGCUUCACACAAAUGACUUUUCUGGGCUUACUAAUGCUAUCUCAAUACACCUUGGAUUUAACAAUAUUGCAGAUAUUGAGACAGGUGCAUUUAAUGGCCUUGGCCUCCUUAAACAACUUCAUAUCAAUCACAAUUCUUUAGAAAUUCUUAAAGAGGAUACCUUUCACGGACUGGAAAACCUGGAAUUCCUACAAGCAGAUAACAAUUUUAUUACAGUGAUUGAACCAAGUGCCUUUAGCAAGCUCAGCAGACUUAAAGUGUUAAUAUUAAAUGACAAUGCCAUUGAGAGCUUUCCUCCAAACAUAUUCCGUUUUGUUCCUUUAACCCAUCUAGAUCUUCGUGGAAACCAGUUGCAAACAUUGCCUUAUGUUGGUUUUUUAGAACACAUUGGCCGAAUAUUGGAUCUCCAGUUGGAGGACAAUAAAUGGGCCUGCAAUUGUGACUUAUUGCAGCUAAAAAUUUGGUUGGAAAACAUGCCUCCACAGGCAAUAAUUGGUGAUGUUGUGUGCAAUAGCCCUCCAUUUUUCAAAGGAAGCAUACUAAGUAGAAUAAAAAAGGAGUCUAUUUGCCCCAUUCCACCAGUUUAUGAAGAACAUGAGGAUCCUUCAGGAUCAUUACACCUGGCAGCAACAUCUUCAAUAAGUGAUAGUCACAUAUCGACCAAGACCACAUCCAUUUUAAAACUGCCCACCAAAGCUCCAGGUUUGAUACCUUAUAUUACAAAGCCACCCACUCAGCUUCCAGGACCCUACUGUCCCAUUCCUUGUAAUUGCAAAGUCUUAUCCCCAUCAGGACUCCUAAUCCACUGUCAAGAACGCAACAUUGAAAGCUUAUCAGAUCUACAACCUCCUCCACAGAAUCCUAGAAAGCUUAUUCUAGCAGGGAAUAUUAUUCACACUUUAAUGAAGUCUGAUCUAGUUGAAUAUUUCACUUUGGAAAUGCUCCACUUGGGAAAUAAUCGUAUUGAAGUUCUUGAAGAAGGAUCAUUUAUGAAUCUAACAAGAUUACAAAAGCUCUAUCUAAAUGGUAACCAUCUGACCAAAUUAAGUAGAGGCAUGUUCCUUGGUCUCCACAAUCUUGAGUACUUAUAUCUUGAAUACAAUGCAGUUAAGGAAAUAUUGCCAGGAACAUUUAACCCAAUGCCUAAACUUAAAGUCCUCUAUUUAAAUAACAACCUCUUACAAGUUUUACCACCACAUAUUUUUUCAGGAGUUCCCCUAACUAGGGUAAAUCUUAAAACAAACCAGUUUACCCAUCUGCCUGUAAGUAAUAUCUUGGAUGAUCUUGAUUUACUGACCCAGAUUGACCUUGAGGAUAACCCCUGGGACUGCUCCUGUGACCUGGUUGGAUUGCAGCAAUGGAUACAAAAAUUAGGCAAGAACACAGUGACAGAUGACAUCCUUUGCACUUCUCCAGGGCAUCUCGACAAAAAAGAAUUGAAAGCCCUAAAUAGUGAACUUCUCUGCCCAGGUUUAGUAAAUAACCCAUCCCUGCCAACUCAGACUGGUUUCAUUAUUGUCACUACUCCUACAACAACAACAAAUACAGCCGAUACUAUUUUAAGAUCUCUUACUGAUGCUGUACCACUAUCUGUUCUGAUAUUAGGACUUCUGAUUGUGUUUAUAACUAUUGUGUUCUGUGCUGCAGGGAUAGUGGUUCUUGUUCUCCACCGCAGGAGAAGGUACAAAAAGAAACAAGCAAAUGAGCAAAUGAGAGACAACAGUCCUGUGCAUCUUCAAUACAGCAUGUAUGGCCAUAAAACAACACAUCACACUACUGAAAGACCCUCUGCCUCGCUGUACGAGCAGCACAUGGUGAGCCCCAUGGUUCAUGUCUAUAGAAGUCCAUCCUUUGGUCCAAAGCAUUUGGAAGAGGAAGAAGAGAGGAAUGAGAAAGAGGGAAGUGAUGCAAAACAUCUCCAAAGAAGUCUUUUGGAACGGGAAAACCACUCACCUCUUACAGGGUCAAAUAUGAAAUACAAAACCACAAACCAAUCAACAGAAUUUUUAUCCUUCCAGGAUGCCAGUUCAUUGUAUAGGAAUAUUUUAGAAAAGGAAAGAGAACUUCAGCAACUGGGAAUUACGGAAUACCUAAGAAAAAACAUUGCUCAGCUCCAGCCUGAUAUGGAGGUACAUUAUCCUGGAGCCCACGAAGAGUUGAAAUUAAUGGAAACAUUAAUGUAUGCACGGCCAAGGAAGGUCUUAGUGGAGCAGACUAAAAAUGAAUAUUUUGAGCUCAAAGCUAAUUUACAUGCUGAACCUGACUAUUUAGAAGUCCUGGAGCAACAGACAUAGAUGGAGAGUUUGAGGGCUUUUGCAGAAAUGCUGUGAUUCUGUCUUAAGUCCAAAUCUUGUAAAUAAGUGCCUUACAUGAGUGUCAUCAAUCAGAACUAAACACAGCAGUAAUCCUAUGGGAAAAAAAGAAGAAAAAGAAACUCAGGGAUCACUGGGAGAAGCCAUGGCAUUAUGUUCAGGCAAUUUAGUCUGUUCCAAAUAAAAUAAAUCCUUGCAUGUAAAUCA